CGACGGCCGUAUCUCAUUGGUCAAGCUGGAAUAUCGGGUUGUCACUAGGUACUGGCUUCUCAGAUGUGUCUCAGCAUCGUUACACCAUCAAAACGGUACGGUAGCCACCAAUACGGUCACGAUGACCAUUCGUUUUCGAGCACGUUACCUACUCCUUACAGGUAUCACAUAUGCCGAGUGCGCCACGAUCGUUUGCGACACGGCCUGCAACUCUUUUUUGUGCCUCACAAGGCUUAGCCUUCGUACUGCAAUUCCGUCAAUACAACCCAUCAUCGCCAUAGCCAUGAGUACUGGACGCUACAUUCGGUGGACAUCACUGUCGUGCCCAUGGCUUUGCAGAGCACAGCUUGAUGCCUUUGGGUGCCUUAUGCCGCACAUCAAUUACCUAACCGACAUUGAGCUCCGGGUCAGAACUGCUCGAUAGGCUUUUGGCCCCGAUGAUCCCAGCACAAACACACAAUUAACCAGGACGAGCACAGCCUGCUGGGCAUGAUAGGCUGGCUCAUGUGUACAAACGUGCGCAAUAGCGGUCUCAGAGUG